AUGGCUAGCCCUACAGUUCUCUCGUUCGAUUCUGAGGGCCGCCCGAUUAAGUUUGAUACCUGGCUCGAUGAUCUGCACCUGUUCCUCCAGCUCACUGCCAGAGAGGAUAUCUCGCUGUACGAUCACGCACUAGGCACAGUCCCUGCUCCUGCUACUACUGCUACCGCUACUGCUCGCUCGCAGUGGCAGACUCGCGAUGCCCACGCCCGCUUUGCCAUUCGCAACUCCCUGCCAGUCGAUGAGCGUGAGCACUUCGGCCAGCAUCAGACUGCGCAGGCCCUGUACACUGCUGUAGUUGCGCGCUACUCCUCCCCGGCCUCAGCUGCACUAGGCCGUCUCUCCCUUCCCUACCUGUUCCCCGACCUGUCCGCUUUCCAGACAGUCGCUGACCUCAUCACUCACCUUCGUACUAGUGAUGCCCGCUUCCGUGCAGCCAUGCCCGCUGAGUUUCUUGCCUCCAACCCUCCCCCGCUCUGGCUUACUCUCUACCACCUAGUCACCCGCCUCCCUAACACUCUGCGUACAGUCAGGGACCACUUCCUAGCUCGCUGUCCCACUGAGCUCACCAUUGCCGCCCUAGAGAAGGAACUACUUGCAGCUGAGAAGAGUAUUGUAGCUGUAGGUGCCUCUCGUGGCGACCCCCACACCCCUUUCUUCGAGGGGUGUUCCCCCUCCCCCCUGCUCCCCUCUGUCGCCUCUGCUGCUGCUGUCGACCUUCUUGGUGCUGAGCAGGUCGGCUCUGCGUCCGCUCCCAGCGGGCGCCGCAGCGGCAAGGGCAGGGGAGGCAAGGGCGGUGGGGGUGACGGCGGGGGAGGUGGUGGUGGGGGUGGUGGCAGCGGUGGAGGUGGUGGAGGCAGCGGCGGCGGCGGUGGCCGCGGUGGGGGCGGUGGUGGUGGUGGCAGUGGACGUGGCGGCGGCAGGGGCGGUGGUGGUCGUGGUGGAGGCGGCGGUGGUGGUCGUGGAGGCUCUGGCACUGGCCAGAGCGCGCAGCACCCUCAAUCCUCCCAGGAGCUUCGUGAGUGUGGAGAGGAGGACCAGUACCUGAGUGUUCCGCCUGACCCAGGCAUCCGCACGAGUGAGGCUACCGCCCUAGGUGCUUGCGUGUCUGCUGCCCCAGGUACUGGUGAGGCUACUGCUCUAGGUGCGUGUGUGUCCGCCACCCCAGGUGCUACUGAGUCCACUGAGGCACUGCACACCUUCACUCUAGACUCAGGCGCUUCACGCUGUUUCUUUCGUGACCGCACUGCUCUUGAGCCCCUUGCUCGACCAGUAGCUGUCUCGCUCGCUGACCCCUCUGGGGGUCCGGUCAUUGCGACCUCCUCCACCCUCCUUCCUUGUCCUGCUGUCCCGUCGGGCACACUGUCAGGUCUCCACCUCCCCUCAUUCUCUACGAACCUGGUGGCGGGUUGUGCGCUUCAGGAUGGGGGUGUUCACCAGUUCACCCCUGCCUACGAGCGUGUGACACACUGCACGUGUGCUCGGACGGGCCGUCACCUGGCUACCUUCACUCGGCAGCCGGGGUCGGACCUGUACACACUGACCACUGAGUCCCCUCAGGUAGCGGCGUCUGCGUCUGCGUCUGCGUCAGGUCAGCUCUCUGCCCCCUGCUCGUGUCGCUCUCUAGCGCACAAGACUGUCCUCUGGCACCACCGACUUGGUCACCCGUCAGUGCAGCGCCUUCGGGGCAUGCAGGCCCGGUACCUUGUCUCUGGUCUUCCUCGGGUACUCCCUCCCCUCCCACCCUCCCUUGCUCCUCCUUGUCUUCCCUGUGUCGAGGGGCGGCAGCGCGCUGCCCCUCACUCCUCCUCGUUCCCCCCGACGACUGCUCCUUUGCAGACGCUCCACAUGGACGUGUGGGGCCCAGCCCGCGUCCGUGGUCAGGGCCAGGAGAGGUACUUCUUGAUCGUCGUUGACGACUACUCGUGCUACACCACGGUCUUCCCCUUGCGCACCAAGGGUGAAGUCCCUAAUGUUCUGAUCCCCUGGAUCAGCAGAGCACGUCUUCAGCUGCGAGAGCGUUUUCGCUCGGAGUUUCCUGUUCUGCGCUUGCACUCUGACAGAGGUGGCGAGUUCUCCUCCGACCUCUUGGCAGCCUACUGUGCCGAGCAUGGCAUUUGCCAGUCGUUCACGCUCCCGGCCUCUCCACAGCAGAAUGGGGUUGCUGAGCGCCGCAUUGGCUUGGUCAUGGAGGUCGCUCGUACCUCCUUAGUCCACGCGGCUGCCCCCCACUUUCUGUGGCCGUUUGCGGUCCGGUACGCUGCGCAUCAGCUCAACCUCUGGCCCCGUGUCUCCGCUCCGGAGACCUCGCCCACACUGCUGUGGACGGGGGAGGUUGGCGAUGCGUCACGCUUCCGUGUCUGGGGAUCCCGAGCAUUUGUUCGCGACACGUCUGCGGACAAGCUCUCCUCCCGCACUGCUCCCUGUGUCUUUCUUGGCUUUGUCCCGGAUGCGUCUGGCUGGCAGUUUUACCACCCCGCCUCGCACCGAGUCUUCCCCUCUCAGGACGUCACUUUUGACGAGUCCGUGCCCUUCUACCGCCUCUUCCCCUACCGCACUGCCCCGCUCCCUCCCCCGCCUCUCUUCCUCGCGCCAGGUGCUGCAGUGGUAGACCCCCUUCCCCCUCAGUGUGCCGCUCCCUCAGGUGUCUCUCAGGUAGACCCGGUUGAGCCUGCCGAGGUAGCUGUCGACUCGCGUCCUGCUGGAGGUGCUGAGCCUGAGCGUGCGGAGCCUGAGCGUGCGGAGCCUGAGCGGGCGGAGCCUGGGGGUGCUGAUCCUGGGGGUGCUGAGCCUGGGGGUGCUGGAUUUGGGGGUACUGAGCCUGGCGUUGCUGAGUCUAGGGGUACUGCGCCUGGAGUUGCUGAGAAUGGGGGUGCUGAGCCUGGUGGUGUUGCAGUUGACUGUGAGGCGCCUGGAGGACCUCCCUCUUCGCAGCAGCUGCGUGAGUGGUACUCGCGGUACUGCAGCCUCCGGCGGGGUGAGUCUCGGGCUCGUGGUACUGCUGGAGUUGGUACUCGUGCUUCCCCACCACGGCGGGAGCCGCCCUCUUCCCCUCAGCUUCGAGAGUGGUACGCUCGGCACAUCAGUCUCCGUAGUGGAGCUGCUGGUGCUGGGGUCCCCGGAGUUGACGCUGCUGCGAGUACUACGGACCCUGGUGCUGGAGGUGCUGCUGCUGCUGGCGGUGCUGCUGGAGGUGCUGCUGCUGCUGGCGGUGCUGCUGGAGGUGCUGCUAGUACUGAGGACCCGGGCGUUGGAGCUGCUGUGGGUGCUAAGGACCCUGGUGCUGGAGGUGCAACUGCUACUGGCGGUGCUGCUGGAGGUACUGCUGCUGCUGGCGGUGCUGCUGGAGGUGCUGCUGGAGGUGCUGCGGACCCUGGUGCUGGAGGUGCUGCUGCUUCUGGAGGUGCUGCUGCUGCCGCUGGUGUCUCUGCUGGUUCGAGAGCUGCUGCACGGCCACGACCGAACUUCUCACAGCCACAGUUACCGCCUGCCUCACCACUCCCUGUGCCUGCUCCUUACACUGGUCCGACUGACGGUCUUGCUGAGAGACGCACGCACCGGAUGGCGCUUCGUCAGUCCACUGCUCCGCAGCGUGUUGCUCUCACGUUGCCUCCUGCGUCCUCUCUUCCUGCUCUUGCUGACCCGGAGUCAGACUCCCUUCGCGCUGCCAGUCCUACUGUCACACGUCUCCUGGCUACGGUUGUCACUGACCCUUCCUUUGAGUCCGCUGCUGCGUCUGCCCUAGUCACUGAGCUUGUCGACUUUGCAGCUGCGUGUCGUCUAGACUACGCAGCGAGUCUUGUUGCUGAGUCUGAGUCUGCCUGUCCUCCGUCCGUCGGGGGUGAGUGUGCUCUUGGCACGGACGUCCUUGAGGACAGGCAGGAGGAGUUUUGUUGCCUUGCCGCUGCUUUGCCCCAUCUCGUGUCCAUGCUUGUUGCCCCUGAGGGAGACCCGGAUGCACCAGACAUCCCGACCCCACGCUCUUACGCAGAGGCGAUGGCCGGUCCCUACUCCUCUCAGUGGCAGUCAGCCAUGGACACAGAGAUGGCUUCCUGGAAGUCCACAGGCACCUACGUCGACGACGUUCCCCCACCUGGGGCGAACAUCGUCAGUGGCAUGUGGAUUUUCAGGGUGAAGCGGCCGCCAGGCUCUCCGCCUGUCUUCAAGGCGCGUUACGUUGCACGAGGCUUCAGUCAGCGAGAGGGAGUUGACUUCUUCCAGACCUUCUCCCCGACCUCGAAGAUGACCACUCUUCGGGUUCUGCUACACGUCGCCGCUCAGCGUGACUACGAGCUCCACUCUCUUGACUUCAGCACAGCUUUCUUGCAGGGCAGCCUGCACGAGGAGAUCUGGCUGCGCCGCCCACCUGGCUUCACUGGGUCGUUCCCUCCUGGCACCCAGUGGAGCCUCCGGCGGCCAGUCUACGGUCUCCGCCAGGCGCCGCGUGAGUGGCACGACACACUGAGGACUACACUUGCGGCUCUUGGGUUUGCUCCUUCUACUGCUGACCCGUCGCUGUUUCUGCGCACCGACACCUCGCUGCCGCCGUUCUACAUCCUCGUGUACGUCGACGACUUGGUCUUUGCCACUGCGGACACUGCCGCACUCGCCCACGUGAAGUCCGAGCUGCAUAAGAGACACACGUGCACAGACCUGGGUGAACUGACAAGCUAUCUUGGCUUGCGGAUCACCCGGGACAGAGCACGCCGCACCAUUACCCUGACUCAGUCACACAUGGUGCAGCAGGUCCUUCAGCGCUUCGGCUUCACGUACUCCUCGCCUCAGUCCACUCCUCUGCCUACGGGUCACUCGCUCUCAGCUCUGCCUUCGGAUGAGUCCGUAGAGUCGAGUGGUCCGUAUCCAGAGCUUGUGGGCUGCCUCAUGUACCUGAUGACCUGCACUCGACCUGACCUAGCAUACCCUCUCAGCAUCUUAGCACGCUAUGUUGCUCCCGGCCGUCACCGGAAGGAGCACAUGGAUGCAGCUAAGAGGGUGUUGCGCUACUUGUGCAGUACGUCGGGCAUGGGGCUAGUGCUUGGAGGGCGAGACCGGCCUGUUCUCACUGGGCACUCAGACGCUUCUUGGGCAGACGACCAGGCUACUCAGCGGUCGUCUCAGGGUUACACCUUCAGUCUUGGCUCUGGCUCUGUCUCUUGGCGUUCUACUCUUUCUUCUUCUGUUCUCAGCUCCAGCUGUGAGGCUGAGAUCUACGCCACGGCCAUGGCUGCCCAGGAGCUUCGCUGGCUCACCUACCUGCUGACUGACCUUGGAGAGCAGCCUCGUUCUCCUCCAGUGUUGUACGUCGACAACAAGGCAACCAUUGCCUUGUGCCAGGAGCACAGACUGGAGCACAGGACGAAGCACAUUGCUCUGCGUUACUUUCUAGCUCGAGAGCUACAGCAGCGUGGUCAGCUUCUUCUGCGUUACGUGGCCACUGAGGCCAACACUGCUGAUGUGUUCACCAAGGCGCUUCCGCCCGUUUUUGCACUCUUCUAG